AUGUUCCGCCCCACUCUUCUCUUCAACGUUGCCAAGGCUGCCUCCCUCUACAACACCGCUCCUCAUGUUGCCUCCCGCUUCUACUCUGCCGGUGCUGGCCUCUCUAACGCUGAUAUCGAAUCUCGCGUCCUGAACAUUCUUCAGGGCUUUGACAAAGUUGACCAGUCCAAGGUUGGCCUCGAUGCUCACUUUGUUAAGGAUCUCGGUUUGGACAGUUUGGAUACCGUCGAGGUUGUUAUGGCUAUUGAGGAGGAAUUCUCAGUUGAGAUUCCUGAUAAGGAGGCCGAUGAGAUCAAGACUGCCAAGCAGGCUAUUGAGUAUAUUGCUCACCGUGCUGAUGCUCACUAA